AUGGCCCUAAACAGUCCCAAGCGUCUUAAGACGGCUGUGCCGCCAUGCGCAAAUUACUUAAGCACACCGCCACCAUCGGUAAGCAUUGGAUCACCACCACCGUUCAGUACACCCUCGUCCACGAAUGGGCAUCAGCAGCAUCAGAUCGGAACACUCAGCACAUCGUCACAGUUGCAACAAUCGUGGAACCAAAACAACAAUUGGUUCAGUGACGCUACCAGUCCCACCUCCAGCUGCAGCUCUCCGGAUGGGCAUCAACACCGAAGCUACGGUGGGCACAACUCAUCCGGCACACCGCAAACAUGGAACACUUCCAGUGGUGGCAGUGGUUCAGCCGAGAAGUCGGAAAAUAAGCGCGGCCGGCCGCGUUCCGAAGCACUGACGACGCUCAUGGUCGAGGGUUCGAUUUCGCCGUCCGCAAUAAAAUGCCGCUACUGCAAUCGAGUUUUCCCGAGAGAAAAGUCCUUGCAGGCACAUCUACGUACUCACACAGGUGAACGUCCUUACCUGUGCGACUAUCCAGGCUGCACUCGUGCCUUCACACAGAGUGGUCAAUUGAAAACGCACCAACGGCUGCACACCGGCGAACGUCCCUUCAUUUGCUCCGUCCCCCAUUGCCUAAUGCGUUUUACGCACGCAAAUCGUCACUGUCCCGAUCAUCCGCACGAUACACUCAAGCGGUGCGAUGACUUUGUUAUACAGACCGUGCCGGAACAGAACAGUGAGGUACUUAAAUGGUUAGAAAAGUAUCGCACCGAGCGAGAGGAUCGUACACCAACACGAAAAACACCCAAGCGCAACAACACAACAAACGGAAGUAGUUGUGAGAAUGGAAGUGGCACAACGGAUGGUGUGCCCCAGAAUGAAAAUGAAAACCGUCGACCACAUUUGACACCGCGGGCUGCUAAUAAUGAAAAUUUCCUCCCGACGGGUGUAAAUGGAACCGUAAAUGGAGUAGUAGCGGAUUCAGGUUGUACUGCGGGUCUAGAUAACCAGCUCCUGUUGUCACCGAUUACACCGAACAAUUCAUACAAAUCAAGCCGUAAGGGAUUGAUGGACAUGAACGCUUGUAUGAGCCAUACCAUCAGCCCAGUAACGACGAAGCCGAAAAAUUCGCGUCCGAAAUUAAUUCAGUGGCAGGAACCUACGAGCCAGGAGGAAGAUGAAUCCGGCGAUGAAUGUUUUGCUCCGUCGAAACAAUCGACGUUCAACCCGAAGAAGAAAUGGUUGCGUGACGCUUGGCAGGACGAUCUUGCUAAACCGUUGGAACCGAAUCUGAUCUCGCAGAAGCUGUUUUCGUCUACGACUUCCACGAUGGCACUGAAGCAACAGCUGCAUCAGGAAAGUGUCACCACAAUAUCCCCGUCCAAAAGGCAACUUCUUGGUGUGACGGGUCAUAACAAGCCUUUGCCACGGAUGGAAGGCAUCGGUCAUGGCGGUGUCUUACCGUUGCCGGUAAUGUGCACCGUUCCACCGGCAACAGUUGAUCCCAACCAAACUCGACCAACGGUUUUGAUGGUAGCCAGCAAGGACUGUGCCCGUCCACUGUCGGACAAGCCAGCUGCAGCAAUGCAAGCAAAUAACACCGCUUCAAACUGUAUCAAUUUUUCCCCUAAACCGGAGGAAAACAAUCGUAAAUUACAGGGAGCAUUGGCGUUAAUACAACUAGCAGCAAAAGAUGCGGUACUGCGAGACUCAUUUGACGUAUCGCACGUGGAAGAAACUUUUCUGUCCGACCAUACCACGCUAUACGACAAUGAAAUGACGUUAUCGCGCUCAGUUGAUGAAACGAAUGGUCACUUGCUUAUACCGGAAGGAUAUGCUACAGAAGUGAACGGUUUAGACAGGUAUUCUUAA